CAAUAGAAUCAAACCAAUAAGAAUCGACUUUGUGGAGCAAAUAUGGACGAGCAUCUGUGGAACAAGAUCCUCGACCAACAGUUGUCCCGGAAGAAAAGAAAGAAGAAAUAUUCAAACUUGAUCACAAGCCUUCAAUUCUCCGAUUUCGAAAACACCCUAGGCACCUUGCGUCGAAAAUACAAUUCCCCAAAAGUCGACACAUGUUUGGAUCGGGUUUCUUCCGUCCUGAACCAUAUCCAGUCGUUCCAGCAGGCCGUCAGCACGAUUAUUCAGGUGAAUCCAGAAAUUGCAGGAAUGAUAUGGGGAUGCCUUUCGGUAAUUUUUGUGUGCGCAUCCAAAUAUAUCUCGCUGCUUAGUAAAUCUUCAGCGAUGAUCCGUGAUCUCACCUUGACCUUAGCUCGAUUUGAUAGAUAUCUGAAGCUUUUUCCAGACAACUCACAACUUCAGAAAGCUCUUGGUUCACUCUAUGAAGCAUACAUAGGGUUUUGCAUCCGGCUUGCCGUGUUCUUGAAACGCAGCCGAAUCUGGAACGUACUACUCGUGUCAUUUUCCACACUGAAUGAAGAUUUCGAAGCAAGUAAGACCAGCAUCGAGGAAAGCAUCCAUGCAUUCGAAGCCGAAUGUCAGGCCUCCGUCCAUGAAGUAGCAGUUCAAGGAACACGCACUCUUCAAAACGCCCUUCCAAAUCUUCACAUCUCUGUCAAACUCCGUCUGCCUUUUGCCGAUCUUCUAUACCCAAGAAAUCAUCGAUUCGUGGGCAGAGAUGAGGAGCUCCAUCUCAUUGAUUCAUAUCUUGGAUCCCCUGGUGUACAGGAGUUGAGCUCAUGCACUAUCCAUGGCAUUGCAGGGGUUGGAAAGUCGCAGCUGGCUGUGGAAUAUACACACCGGUUUGCAUCUAAAUUUGAUUACAUCAUGUGGCUGCCAGCCGAAGAAAAGACAAGUUUAGCAAGUGCUUUUAGUUCACUUCAUGGCAAGCUGCAUCUGGAAGAAGGAGUGGCGGAUCAAAAGUCCAUGAUUCAGUCUGUUCGGAAUUGGCUUUGUCAAAACCAGAAUUGGCUUCUUGUAUUCGACAAUGCAGAAAACUGGAAGAGCAUUGAACCAUACUGGCCCCCGAUGGCCAAGGGCUCCAUUUUGAUCACAACGCAGAAUCCAGAACUGGCUCAAAUCACCAAGAACCAUAAAACGCUAGAGUCCCUAUCCCCAGAUGAUGGCGCGAAGCUACUACUCAAUCAUCUUCAAGAAGGACCUGGUAGGGGGCAUCCCAGCGAUGCAAAGAUCGCCUCGUCCAUAUCCGAAGAACUGGGUGGAUUGCCCAUGGCCAUUGCACAUUUGGCAGGAUACAUCGAUCAAUCACAGACGUCACUGGAGAGCUUUCAACGUCAGUUUCAACAGAAGCUGGAAGGAUGCCAUAUAUGGAACGCGGACGCAACAGUGACAACUUCCAAUCAUUCCUUGAAACUUGGAGCGCUAUGGGAUAUUGCCUUUGCCAACCUGGAUGACAGCAGUGUUGAGCUGUUGAAUACACUGAGCUUUCUCAACCCAGACCGCAUUCCGGAGGAGCUUUUGACGUGCCACUUGCAAGAUGCAUGUAGCAUCAACGAGUUUGAUCGAGCGGUGGCUAAUCUUCGAAAGCGAUGGUUGAUCGAUCGAUAUCCGCAAGGCCAAUCGUCAUAUAUCUCUAUUCAUCGAUCUCUACAGAGAAAUAUCAUCUAUCGAUUACUGCAGGACCCGGGUAAAUAUUCCAUCGUGCUGAACCAGGUCACCCAGAUUGUACGAGACGUCUUCCCACACAGAACUAAGCUGGAAGAGCCCGACCACUACAAUUGGAGGAUAUACGAGCGGUACAUAGGCCAGCUAACGAGACUUAAAGCUGUAGUUAAAGGCUAUUCAACACUUAAAACCUGCCCUUUAUCCUUUGCGGAUCUCCUGUCUGAUGCGGGGCAUUACCUCUGGCACCGUGGUGAUAUUCAAGGCGCAAUCGAUAUCCUCGAGACGGCAGAUGAGAUUUGUUGUCAGUUUGAAGAGGGUAAAGCUGCCUUUGUGCGUACCAGUGUCCUAGUUGCCCUACAAGCAGUCGAAAAUGCAGUCGGAUAUUCGAAAAGAAAACAGGCACUCGAGCACAGCAAAGAGGUGGUUCGUCUGCGCGCAAAGUAUCCGGGUUCUGAUUUAACUCAAACCAAGAUCUUACUGUCGAAUGCCUAUCACGAUCUAGGCUGCACAUAUCUUGAAGCUGAAGAGUACGAAUUGGCCAGCGAUAGCCUGGCACAAUCGUUAUCAGUAAAGCGCGAGUAUGGGAACGAGGAAUCGAUGCCUUUUGAAUUUGCAACCGAAUUUGAAGAUUUGGCCUAUGUCCGCCUAAGCCAGGGACAAACAUUAGACGCCCUUCGCUUGAUAGAACAGGCAGUCCGGAUCGCCAUGAUGGACGAAGCAGCCAACCGACCCACUAUCCUCCAGUUCAUUUUUGACUGGGGCGUCAUCUUGCUCAACUCGGGGCAAUUCGAAGCAGCAUUAGAAAAGGCCGAAUACGCAUACGAGGGACGGAGAGCAAUCCUGGGGGAAUAUGCGGUGCAUACCCUCAACGCAGAGUACUGGAUUGCCAAUGCACUGUACCACCUGGGGAGAUUCGACGAAGCAGAGAAAAUUCUUUCUUCCCUUCUGAACAAGGCUGAAAAAUCUCAAUGGUCAGCGGAAAAUACAGCACGCGCUCAGUACCGUCUCGCUCAAGUUCUCGACAGAGUGGGAAAUGAAGAGGGCGCGAUGCUAUACGAAGCCAAUGCUUUGGACAUAUGUAAAAGGAUUGGAAAAUACAACAAGAGGUCAAGUACGUCUUCAGACUUGAUGGAGACGUUAGAUUCCAUGGUGUCUAUAUAUUUCGGGCGUUCGAGCGGAAAGUUGUGGGUUGGUUCUAUUAAAUGAUUGGUUAAUCCAGAAACGUUAAACAGGGAAAUAUAAAUGAUAUACUAGAGAUUUUACAUGCAAACUGCAGUUUCCAUGCAC